CAACCGUAACUGCGCCUGUGAUUUUUCGAUGUCACACUUUCAUCCGACCUGCUUCGGCUCCUUACUGGAAUUUGUACUGUACUUAGUUAAUCGGAGAUCCAUCCGUACAAAGUUAUCGAUUUUUCAAUUUAAUUCGUCCUGUUAUGGACCUGAGCGGGUUCGGAUUAACCUUAGCUGUGGGAUAAGCAACUGCAGAACCGGCAAAUGCCUCGACCGUGCGCGACGUCGAGAGGAUGUGCGGCGUGCGGGAAUUGAUGCAUUUCCACGCGGAUGCGCGAGUAUAUCCGCAACUUUUCAUGUAUCUCCUGCCAGAACGAACAAUAUGGGAGACGUCAAGCCGCCGAAAAACCGUUCCGAAGAAAUCCUCAAAGGGUUCAAAUUAAACUGGAUGAAUCUCCGUGAUGCAGAUACGGGAAAAAUAUUGUGGCAAGGCGAGGAUGACCUGUCGCUUCCAGGCUUGGAACACAUAGCUCGAGUUCCAAAGGAAAUACUGAAGUGUCGGGCUGUAUCCCGCGAAGUGAAUUUUUCCUCGGCUGAACAGAUGGAUAAUUUCCGGUUGGAACAGCGGAUCUUCUUCAAAGAUCGAUGUAUUGAAGAAUGGUAUUUUGAGUUUGGCUUCGUAAUUCCAAAUUCCACCAACACAUGGCAGUCUUUAAUAGAGGCCGCUCCAGAAUCUCAAAUGCUUCCGCCAAACUUGCUCAGUGGUAAUACGGUGAUCGAAACUCGAUUCUACGACGCUGACCUUUUAGUAAACGUUUCGAAAGUGCGGCUGUUUUACGCCUGAUAUAAUGUGGAAAUGUUCGGCUUCCGUAUGGAAAGUUUAUUAUUGUCCACUCAAGUUCUGACUUUCAACGCGUUUCGAUUUCACACACCAGUAUCCUGUUACUAUUCUAGAUUUUAAAGAUACGUAGCGACUUGUUAUUGCGUAAUAUUAGAAUAAAUCGAAUUUGAUGUUGAGUGGCAUGUAUCGCUGAUUUUGCAAAAUUAGUACAUUUAGCGGUCGUAUAUCAAACUCCGGCUGUUUUCUUCUUAUAUAAAAAUAAAGUUUUUCUCCAAACUAAGAAAUUCGAGAAAUGUGUUUAUUUGUUGAUGUGUUGAUUUGUGAGUUGUAAGUAAUUAUCGCUGUGCGCACAGUAGAACUUGUUGAGAUAAAGUCUAGAAAAUUAAUGGUUUUGGAGCACUCCGGUAAAGCAAAAGUAGCAUCAUGCCA